UAUUGUGUGUGCUGUGUCUCGGACUAAACUUUUCAGUCACAAGCAAGUCGGCGUCGUGGUUAGUAAGAGGACAGAACAAGCAGUGGAGACAAAUGGUUUAUGGUACAAAUGAGCAACAGUUCUGGGGAAUGCAAAAGUUUUAGAUCGCCGAUUUACUGCACAAGGACUUAAAAGGGUUUUGUUUUUUUAAAUGGUAGCAAGAUGAAAUGCCAACCAGAACAUCGGUAUUUUAACGUGUAGCUAUCCAGUAAUUAGAAAAGUAGCCUAAUGGGAUAUGCAGUUUUAUGUUGCCGAUUGGGAGACAAAUAAAUUCUCUUCGAACACAGCGGAUCUUGGAAACGGAUUUGGAGUCGAGAGAGCGAACUUUGUCACGUAGACAGAUCUGGACUAACUUAUUUUCAAUCCAUGAUCAAAUUUGGGAGUGAAAACGGACACUGGCUACGGGACUGAGGAACAACCCAGACCCCCUCCUUUUUCUAGCUCGGAAUCUGGAUUUUUUUAAAAAGGGAUUUAAUGUAAUAUUCCUUCUUUUGGAAAAUCGACGAAAGGGCUCGGGCAAGUAACUAUAACUGCAUCUGCUCUUCCUUUUUUUUAAUCGAUGGGAGUUUUUCAAAUCCUGUUGCGGUUUAUUUUUUGUAACGCGAGCUGGAGGUGAAUGCUGUCGCGCGACAUUAGUAUGAACUGGUGAAAAGCACGAGAAGAAACCAAAGCCGUGGAGGACAUUUGCAACCAUUUAUUCUAGCUAAUUUGAAGGACUUGGCUGGGAGCGGGUGAAAGAAAGUAUCCAGCCAUUUCUUUUUAAGACACUGCCUCGUUAAUGCGCCUUGUGGGUCUUCUGCGAGGUGUAAUAUUUAGCGUUUUUGUGUGCCCUCUGUCCAUUUGAUUCAAUAUGGCAAUUUUAAAAACCUGGGAUUGGGUUUGGACAACUGGCUGCGUUUUGGCGAUCGCGUGCCUGUCGCUCCCGUCGUGCUCGGGUCAGUACCAAGGAGAGAAGGGCAUCUCUAUACCCGAGCACGGCUUUUGUCAGCCUAUAUCCAUCCCGCUCUGUACCGACAUCGCGUACAAUCAGACCAUCAUGCCGAACCUCCUGGGCCACACCAAUCAGGAAGACGCCGGGCUGGAGGUCCACCAGUUCUACCCGCUCGUGAAAGUGCAGUGUUCGAUGGACUUAAAGUUUUUCCUGUGCUCGAUGUAUGCGCCGGUGUGCACGGUGCUCGAGCAAGCCAUUCCGCCCUGCCGCUCUUUGUGCGAGCGCGCGCGCCAGGGCUGCGAGGCGCUGAUGAACAAGUUCGGCUUCCAGUGGCCCGAGCGGCUCCGCUGCGAGAACUUCCCCGUGCACGGCGCCGGCGAAAUCUGCGUGGGCCAGAACACCUCGGACACCGGCAGCCCCACCUCGUACCCGACGCCGUACGUCCCCGAGCUCAUAACGCUGCCCCCUCCGCACGUGGGGCGGCCCAACCAGCCCUUCUCCUGCCCGCUGCAGCUGGAGGUGCCCGCCUACCUCAACUACUACUUCAUGGGCGUCAAGGACUGCGGAGCGCCCUGCGAGCCGGCCAAGCCCAACGGCCUGAUGUACUUCCGCGAGGAGGAGGUGAAGUUCGGCCGCCUGUGGGUGGGCAUCUGGUCCAUCCUGUGCUGCGUGAGCACCCUGUUCACGGUGCUGACGUACCUGGUGGACAUGCGCCGUUUCCGCUACCCGGAGAGGCCCAUCAUCUUCCUGUCGGGCUGCUACUUCAUGGUGGCGGUGGCCUACGCGGCCGGCUUCCUCCUGGAGGACAAGGUGGUGUGCAUCGACGGGCUCAACCCCGACGGCUACAAGACGGUGGCGCAGGGCACCAAGAAGGAAGGGUGCACCAUCCUCUUCAUGAUCCUCUACUUCUUCGGCAUGGCCAGCUCCAUCUGGUGGGUGAUCCUGUCGCUCACCUGGUUCCUGUCGGCGGGCAUGAAGUGGGGCCACGAGGCCAUCGAGGCCAACUCGCAGUACUUCCACCUGGCGGCGUGGGCGGUGCCCGCGGUGAAGACCAUCACCAUCCUGGCCAUGGGGCAGGUGGACGGCGACCUGCUGACCGGCGUGUGCUACGUGGGCAUCUACAGCGUGGACUCGCUGCGCGGCUUCGUGCUGGCGCCGCUCUUCGUCUACCUCUUCAUCGGCACCUCCUUCCUGCUGGCGGGCUUCGUGUCGCUCUUCCGCAUCCGCACCAUCAUGAAGCACGACGGCACCAAGACGGAGAAGCUGGAGAAGCUGAUGGUGCGCAUCGGCGUCUUCAGCGUGCUGUACACGGUGCCCGCCACCAUCGUCAUCGCCUGCUACUUCUACGAGCAGGCCUUCCGCGAGCAGUGGGAGCGGACCUGGCACAUGCAGACCUGCAAGCGAUUCGCCGUGCCCUGCCCCGUCAACAACUUCGCCCCCAUGACGCCCGACUUCACCGUGUUCAUGAUCAAGUACCUGAUGACCAUGAUCGUGGGCAUCACCUCGGGCUUCUGGAUAUGGUCGGGGAAAACGCUGCAGUCGUGGCGAAGGUUUUACAAGAGGCUCAGCAACAGCAACCAGGGCGAGACGACUGUAUGAACUUCUGGAGAGGGGCACUGUGGGGAGGGGGGGGGGGGGUGAAAAUGGGAUGUCGGGACGGAGAAAAUGAAAAGUCCUACGGCUUUACAAACUGGAAUUGAUACUUAAAUCUAGACUUUUUUUGGAAUUUUAACUGAGCUCAGUGCUGCCCCUCUCUCCACACGAGAUUUAUUAAUCAGGUUAAUUUCUACUCAUGAACAAACCUUUUUCCAUUCUCGUUGGUUGUUGCUGAGCCAUUGAUCGCAUUGCCUUUUUUUUUUUUCUUCCUUGAAGGGGUCCUUACUUUAAUAUGGAACAUUUCAGAAAAUCAUUCUCAUUUGAACUGUUGAAUCACCAUACUAGUUUUGUUUCUCCGUUGUAUUUUAUAAAAAAAAUUUGUAAAAACCUCGACACUACUUUCGUUCGUUGUUUUUUUUUCUCCAAUAAUGCGACCGUUCUAUGGAAACAUUCGUCUGCUGCUCCAGUUUUUUUAAUUACUGCGUCCCGUUUAACACACACCGAUAACUUUUCUGUAUUAUCCUCAUCAAAGACUGCAUUCCUUGUCUGCUGUCUAUGGUAAAAUACACCGUUUUAUAUCAACUUGUCUUUGGUUAGUCAUUUCCCCCGUUUGCAACAGCAUAUGAAGUGCACAAUUUGAUAUAAACUUGUUUUAUUUUAUUUUUUGCGUGCCAUGGGCUACUUUUAAACUUUUCUCAUGUUAUAAAUUUUCAGAAAACUCCCUUCCAGUAUUGUUUUAUUUGUACGCAGGAAAUGUUUGCCUUAUCACUUUAUUUUAUGUCUUCAAAUUUUGUUUAAUUUCGUAAUAUGUGUGACUUCUGCAGCCACCCUUCGACAAUCAUGCAUUCUCCUGUUCCACGAAGAACGGCCGGGUUUUUUUUUUUUCUUUCGAAUUGGGGUAGUAUAAUAUGCAUGUGUAUAGCUGUACAAAUAUGCAAGCUACUACAUUAUUCAUAAUUUGUAAAUAUUCUUCACUUUUUCCCCCAAAUGAAUAUAUGUAUUUAUAAAAAAAAAAUCUUGCUGUUUUUUUACUUGAUUUUUUUAAUACAGUAAGAGACCUCGUUUGUAUCUGUACAGUUUCACCGAAUAAAAUGAUUAGAUUUUU